GUAUGUGAACCUAAUGCGCGGAGAGCAGUGUGUCAGACCAGCCCAGGACCAGCUGAGUAACUCUUUUCGGGACCAUAAAGAGAUAUGAAACAAGUCUUUAUUUCACGGCGGGAUUAGUAGAGGAUUCCUUGUGUGAGAUCAAUCCGCAUCGUCUUUUAUUCUCUCCGUUGACGCCCUUGUUAAAAUGGGGUGAUUGUGUUCUUUCAUCAUCUAAUCACAACUCACCUGGAACAAGCCCAGGACAGCAUUCCUCCUGAUGUCGGAAGAUUCAGACUCCAAGCCGUAUCGCUUCUCGGUGCUGGAGGACCAAGAUGGAGCAUCGUGCAGCUCCAUGCCAAGGGGGGCCUCAGGGUGCAGCUCCAUGGCACAGAUGCAUCGGAUGGGCAGCUACAGCCAAGGUGGGCCUGACUUGGGCCUCCCGUCGGAGGGCAGUGACAGCAGCGGUCAGGACCCUCCCACCUCGCCGCACAAGCAUCGCAAGAACGCCCGCUCACGAUCACUCCCUGAGGAGGACGUGGAGAUGAAGAGCAGUGGGUCUAGCGGGAGUGGAACCGAAUCGCACGGUAACGAAAGCCACGGCAACGAGAGUCAUGGCAACGACAGCAAUGGCCAUGAGUCAAUGGGCAGCUCCAAUGGCACCAGUAAAGACUCGGCACUGCUCGAAUCCUCUGAAAGCAACAAGAGCUCGAACUCUCACAGUCCGUCUCCUCCCAGCAGCUCAAACGCCUUCAGUCUACUGAGCUCAGAGCAGGACAACCCUUCAACCAGCGGCUGCAGUAGUCAGGAGUCUGCCAAAGCCAAGACGCAGAAGGAGGUGAUUAAAACUCUGAAAGAGCUGAAGCUUCACCUGCCCGCUGAGAAGAGACACAAUAACAAGCCCUCCACAUUGAACACCCUCAAAUACGCACUGCGCUGUGUUAAACAAGUUGAAGCCAAUGAAGAGUAUUACCAGCUGCUGAUGAUCAAUGACAGUCAGCCUUCAGGCCUGGAUGUAUCCUCUUAUACGAUAGAGGAGAUAGACAGCAUCACUUCUGAAUACACCCUCAAAAACAACGACAUUUUUGCAGUAGCAGUGUCUCUCAUCACAGGAAGGAUAGUUUACAUUUCUGAUCAGGCAGCCUCCAUCCUCAACUGCAAAAGAGAGGUGUUCAAGAACAGCAAGUUUGUGGAGUUCCUGACGCCGCAGGAUGUUAGUGUGUUCUACAGCUUCACAACACCGUACCGACUGCCCUCCUGGAGCAUGUGCACUGGAGCAGAGUCAUCGCCGCCUGACUGUAUGCAGGAGAAGUCCUUCUUCUGUCGUAUCAGUGGUGGUAAAGAGUGUGAGGGUGAUCUGCAGUACUAUCCGUUCCGCAUGACACCCUACCUGAUGAAGGUCCAGGACACAGUGCAUGCUGAAGAUCAGUUCUGCUGCCUCCUGCUGGCUGAGAGAGUUCACUCUGGUUAUGAUGCACCCAGAAUUCCAACAGACAAGCGCAUCUUCACCACCACACACACUCCAAGUUGUGUGUUUCAGGAUGUGGAUGAGAGGGCCGUUCCUCUCCUCGGGUACCUCCCCCAGGACCUGAUAGGCACACAAAUUCUCCUCCACCUGCAUCCCCAGGACCGACCGAUUAUGUUGGCCAUUCACAGAAAGAUUCUUCAAUUCGCAGGACAACCUUUUGAUCACUCGUCCAUCCGGUUUUGUGCACGAAAUGGAGAAUACAUCAUCCUUGACACCAGCUGGUCUAGUUUCGUCAACCCCUGGAGCCAUAAGGUCUCCUUUGUUAUCGGGAGACAUAAAGUGCGCACGGGGCCCGUGAAUGAGGAUGUUUUCGUUGUCCCGGUCUCUAAUGUCCGUGAGAUGAAGACCAUGGACCCUGACAUCCAGGAGAUCACUGAGCAGAUCCAUCGUCUCCUGCUACAGCCGGUCCAUAACAGUGGGUCCAGUGGUUACAAUAGCCUGAGCAGAACGGACCACCUUGUGGGCAUGAGCUCCUCUAACGAGAGCCUUAACAACGGAAUUGGGAGCAAGAUCCGACAAGAGGAGGAGGAACCGAGGGGCAAAGCCAGACCGCGAACCUUUCAGGAAAUCUGUAAAGGAAUACAUCUUCAGAAGAGCCAGGAGCAACAGACAACCAAACCAGACAACAGGAAAAGCAGUGGCAUAGAGUCUGCACAUAAGAGCUCAGCGGUGGUGCGGCCUAAAGACUCAGCAGCUCCCCUCAACUGGAAGGAGACCGCUGCCAAUGUGGAGGAGACGAGGUCCUCUUUCCAGGAGGAGACGGCCUUCAAUGAUCAGACCGUCUACUCCUACCAGCAGAUCAGCUGUCUGGACAGUGUCGUCAGGUACUUGGAGAGCUGUAAUGUUCCCCUCACCAUGAAGAGGAAGUGCCAGUCUUCCUCUAACACCACGUCCUCUAUGUCAGACGAGGACAAACAGAAAGGACCCAACAUCAUGCCGAUGUCUGAAGAACCAGCCUUGUUGAAGGAUCACACUGCUCUCUCAGUUUUGGAAGAUCAAGACAAAAAGUCCAGUGAUGCAACCACAGCUGUAGUGGGCACUUCGCUGCCCCUACCUGUACCUAACAAACCAGAAAGUGUGGUGUCCAUAACCAGCCAGUGUAGCUACAGUAGCACUAUAGUGCAUGUUGGGGACAAGAAACCUCAACCAGAGUCAGAGAUCAUAGAGGAUGUCCAGGGAGCAGGAGAGAUGGUAGAGUCCAGCCAGAACCCCGGGGCUCCUCUGUCUGUCGUUUCUCCUCCCACUCAGGAGAGGGAGUCCUAUAAGAAACUGGGGUUGACCAAGCAGGUUUUGGCAGCCCAUACACAGAAGGAGGAGCAGACGUUUCUGUAUCGCUUCAGGAAGCAUCGAGGACUCACCGCACUCAAAGAAAACUGCUCUCAGUACCUGGAGCGGCAGAGAGAACAGAUCACCAGCGAUGCUGUACCUGCUGCUCGACCCUCCAAGCAGGGUGGACCGAGUGCAGAGCCCACCGCACGGCGGGGCACACGAAACAGGAAAACCAAGUCAAAGCGAGCGAAGCAGAUGGAGUCUUCAGACAGCGCAGCAUCUCAUCACAGACAACAACAUCUGCGGCCUCCUCUUCUAAACCACGGCCUUAACCCGACCUCUUGGUCUCGCUCUGACACCUCACAGUCCACUUUUCCCAUGGCGUACCCCUCCAUGAUGCCGGGAUACCCCCUCCAAGUUUACCCCGGAGCCAGUUCCAUGGCUCCCCACACAAACAGCACUCUACAAGGCUUUGGGGACAAUCAGGGCAACCAGGCCCCUCCCUGCCCCCCAUCCAUCCACCCUGCUCCCUACACCCCUAUUGUGGCUGUCAUGCUGCCCUUGUCCUACCCUCCAAUGGCCCCCGGACUGCCCCCUUCACAGCCAGUGUACCACACAGUGAUGGGUGGCUUCCCCACCCAAAUGCAGCCUUUUUGUCAGGCUGCUUUUCCAGGCCAGGGCCCCUUCACAGCUCCACCUUCCUUCAAUGUUCAGAACCAGGUCAACUCCCAGAACCACUUUGCUCUUCAGACAGGCUACCUGACCCCAUCGUUCUACGUCCCUCCAUCCUCGGAAACCCCAAAGGGCCCCGUGGUGGAGGGCCAGUCUCGCUGUUCUACGCCACAAUCUGGAGGACAUGGAGGCCAGGAGUCCCCACCACUGUUCCAGUCUCGCUGCAGCUCCCCCCUCAACCUGCUGGAGCUGGAGCUGUCUGUGGACCGGCAGGACAGCACCUCUGGAGGACAAGGGACUAACACGGCUGAAAGGGAGAAAGGAGCAAGUGCCAGCCAGUCCAAAGAGCUGAAGCAGCCGUCUCUCAGUCUCCUUGGUCCACCUGGACCCUUGUAUUGCGAGGGCUCGCCCUGUGUCUGUGAGCGUUUUUCUUGGGAUAAAGUGUGCUCUAGGCUGAGGGCUUGCAGCAAAGAGGCGAGUUCACGUGGCGACGAGAAUAACAGUGACGCCAACUCUUCAUCCAGUGACAUGCUGGACAUUAUUCUUCACGAGGACUCCGGCUCAGCCACCUCGGGGUCCAUGGGUUCAGGGUCCAACGGCUGUGGAACUUCAGCCAGCGGGACGUCCAACAGCGGGACAUCUAAGAGCAGGACGUCAGCAAGUGGGACCUCCGGCAGUGGAACAGGAAGCAACAACAGUAGUAAAUACUUUGGCAGCGUGGACUCAUCCCAGAACAGCCAAAAGGUCAAAGGUCACCUGAGCGUCAGCAAGGGAAGGCCCGUGGAGAUAGAGCAGAGCGAACACUUCAUCAAGUAUGUACUGCAGGACCCGCUGUGGCUGCUCACUGCCAACACUGAUGACAAGGUCAUGAUGACCUAUCAGUUGCCCUCGCGUGACAUCGAGAGAGUCCUCAGAGAAGACCGAGAGAAGCUGCGGCUGCUGCAGAAGAACCAGCCGCGCUUUUCAGAGGAGCAGAAGAAGGAGCUGAUGGAGGUCCACCCCUGGAUUAAGAAGGGCGGUCUGCCCAAGGCAAUGGACAUCAAGGCGUGCUCCUGCUGUGCCGGCGCCUCAGAGGCAGCAGCAGACCUGGACAUGGGUGAAACAGAGACGGGGGAGGUUGGCUGCCAGCGGAGGCCCACAGAGGAGACCUCAAACACUGUCGUCCUUUCCUAACAGGCCCUUUGCUCUUCACACAACAUUCUUCAGUACUGUCUCUCGUCGUCUCUUUAGACGUCUGAGGAAAAACAGACUUUUGUGAAUGUACGAGUGCCGAACUCUGUGAGUGUUAAGUCAUUCGUGUCUGUGUAGCAUUUCAGGAGAGGCAGAGCCCAAAAAGUGAAAUGCAGCACGUGCUCAUACACCAUGCAGCACAGUGGAGGUCAAACAUACACCAACAACGGCAGGAAGUGGCUCCGUGGUGUUCUGACUGUGGCGAUAAAUGAGUGAAUUCAGCAUUUUGUGACGUGAUCUCCGAAGUUACAACACUGUGCAACGUCAGCAUGCGGUGAGAACAGGUGGAGUUAAGUUUCAGUCACUCCUGUCAUGCGUAACCAUCCGGCACCAAACUAAUGCACUUUGGGGGUGCACUGGAAGGAGAGGAAAUACAUGAGCAAGACUCCUGAACUUCGGCUCUGUUUGUCCUGAGUACUCGCCGGUGUUGUAUUUAGUCACUGUGAGGAAAAAAAAGUGAACAUUAGUGAGCAGGCGUGGACUCACCGGCAAUCAAUGACUGAAGGUUUUUUUACCACUUUCAUCCCCACUGGGACACCACCUACAGUCAAUAUAUUAUUCUGUUUGUGAACAUGAGCUACUCUUUCUCUCAAAGCCCAAAACUAGAGAAGCAAGACUCAAACUUGAAAUGUCAUCAGGUAAAAAGUUUGGUGCUGCUCUGUAGACAGUAGCUGCUUUUACCCCGCCUGUUCAAGGUGAGAAUAUCGCACUGUUAUUCUGCCUCGCUGUCCUGUAUAAAAAGUUAGAUUGCAGAAUGGGGAGACAGAGUUGUCUCGCUCCUAAGCCUACAGUGGAGGUAGCAACAAUGACAAAUUGACGUCUGGAGACAGCCAGCAGGACAAGACGUGACAUUUCGGACACGUGCAAUCCACUGGCGGGAGAUUUUAAAAAGUAGUUAGAAGCAGUUAGCAGGUAACUCAAAGAAGAACAGCAACAGAAAAUGUCCACAAAUUAGGAAGACGAUAAAGUCCAGAUCAGCGAUCAUUUAACAGGGACAUUAAAUGAUUGCUGUUGCCCUGUUUUCUAUUGUUACUACUGAGAGAGCGCCUCUGGAGGGUAUGUUAUAUGUCACAUAAAAAAAAUGACGUUUGAAACCUCUAAGUACACAUGUUACUGAUCCCCAGUGGUGAUGGAGGUGGUGAAAACAUUUGCACUGAGAAAAAGACAAUCAGGUGAAACAUAUACUGUAAAACUGUAUUUACCCACAAACCCAUCGUGUUACAUUGAGAAAUGAUCAUUCAUUUUUCGAGCCACCCGUGUCAAGUGUGAAGUGAUGCAUCUUAGCUAUUUUUUUUAAAUUCCACUCAGCAUUUGUUUCAGUAUCAGCUGUGAAACUUGCCUCAUUCAAAAAAAUCCUUUAUUUAAUGCACUUUGAUGCUUGUGUGAAUGCUGUCGUUGACUCUGAGCAUACAGUUAUAUUUUUACAUACAGUACUUGUGUAUAAAGAUGUUUGUGUUUUUAAGUUAUUUAUGGCAAAUCCAGCUGAAAAUGCAAAGCAGGACCAAGAUUAUUAAUAUUUACUGUAAAUACUGUUUUAAAAAGUGUGAAAUGAAAAUUAAGACAACCCCACCUACACACACACACACACACACACACACACGAACUGGAAAUGUUGUUUAUGGUGGGUGGUAAAUAUAAAGUGAGGAGAAUAUUGAUGUUUUCCACAGUUUUAAGAGUGUGUCACGUAACACUUGUGUGAUGUUGCCCCUCAUAAAUAUGGAGAGGAGCCUCCUGAGCAUCCUGUGGAAGUGUCUGAAGCUCAUUACCGUUUUGUGUGGUCACCUCAGAAGUGGAGGUUUAGGGUUAUUGCACGGGUAUAAAGCAGCUCAGACAGAUGUCAAGAGGCUCGCCUUCACUUUGAAGCUCGUUUGUGUUCGGCAACUUGAACAUUUCCUGAGUUUGUCAUUUGUCUCUUCUGUUAUUUGAAAAGACACUGACAUCAAUGCACCUUUUGUUUUAUUUUCUCAUUUUUAAUGGUGAGCAACCUGUUAUGUUUGUUAAAUUUUAUCUUAAUAAAAUAAUUGACAACGA